CUGUCGGGCGUUCGCGCCUCUCGCGAGAGUUGGCGCGGCGGGGAGAGGCGGCGCGUGCCGCGGCUCCUUCCUUUGGCUCUCGGCGGCCAUCUUGGCGGCGCCUCAGCGUUCCCCCCCCAGCCGACGCCAGCCAGCGACAUGGUGGCCGCCAAGAAGACGAAAAAGUCCCUGGAGUCCAUAAACUCUAGGCUUCAGCUGGUUAUGAAAAGUGGUAAAUAUGUGCUAGGCUACAAACAGACUCUGAAAAUGAUCCGGCAGGGCAAAGCCAAGCUGGUCAUCCUCGCCAACAACUGCCCGGCUUUGAGAAAAUCAGAGAUUGAGUACUACGCUAUGCUCGCAAAGACCGGUGUCCACCAUUACAGCGGCAACAACAUUGAGUUGGGUACAGCCUGUGGCAAAUACUACAGAGUGUGCACGCUGGCCAUCAUUGACCCAGGUGACUCUGACAUCAUUAGAAGCAUGCCAGAACAAACCAGUGAGAAGUAAAUGCUGUAAUGGUGUUCUUUCUACAAUAAAACUGGUCACAGAUCUGUUUUAAGAAAAACUUGUAUUGUAUUAUACGUUUUUGGUUUUAGGGAACAAACUAUAUAAACGAAGAUUCUUUAUCA